AUGGAGAAAUCUGGGUAUGGCCGUGAUGGUAUUUUCAGGUCUCUUAGGCCACCUCUGGUCUUACCCAGAGACCCAAACCUCUCCAUGGUCUCUUUCCUCUUCAGAAACUCCUCUUCUUACUCAAACAAACCUGCCCUCAUUGAUGCCGAGUCUUCUGAAACCUUGUCCUUCUCUCAGUUCAAGUCCUUGGUCAUCAAGGUCUCCCAUGGCUUACUCCAUUUGGGUAUUAAGAAAAACGAUGUUGUUCUCAUUUUUGCUCCGAAUUCAAUCCAAUUCCCCAUUUGUUUCCUUGGUAUUGUUGCAAGUGGUGCCAUUGCAACCACUUCCAAUCCUCUUUACACUGUCUCAGAGUUGUCCAAGCAAGUGAAAGAUUCAAAUCCCAAGCUUGUCAUAACUGUUCCUGAAUUGUUUGAAAAGGUCAAGGAUUUCAAUCUCCCAGCAGUGAUUUUGGGGUCACAGGGUGCUUCCCACAUUGUAUCCAGGUCAAAGAUUCUAACUUUCCAUGAUUUGGUUGAGUCAGCUGGGUCUGCCUCAGAUUUCCCAUUGGCCAAUAUUAAGCAGACCGACACAGCUGCGCUUUUGUACUCUUCUGGUACAACAGGCAUGAGCAAAGGGGUAGUUUUGACACAUAAGAAUUUCAUUGCCUCAUCUCUUAUGUGCACAAUGGAACAAGAAAUGACUGGAGAAAUGCACCAUGUGUUUCUUUGUGUUUUGCCAAUGUUUCAUGUGUUUGGGUUGGCAAUUAUCACAUAUUCACAGCUGCAAAAGGGCAACGCUGUUGUGUCCAUGUCUAGAUUUGAUCUUCAGAAGAUCUUGAUGGCUGUUGAGAAGUAUAAGGUGACCCAUUUGUGGGUUGUGCCUCCUAUAGUACUUGCCCUGGCAAAGAACAGUGCGGUUAAGAAGUUUAACCUUUCUUCAUUGAGGCAUAUUGGUUCAGGGGCAGCACCUCUGGGGAAAGAGUUGAUGGAGGAGUGUGCCAAAGUUAUUCCUCAAGGUUUAAUUGCUCAGGGCUAUGGUAUGACAGAAACCUGUGGAAUUGCUUCAGUGGAGAAUACGCUAGUAGGGCCUCGGCAUACUGGUUCAACUGGCAUGCUUGUUUCAGGAGUUGAAUGUCAGAUAGUCAGUGUAGACACCCUGAAGCCUCAGCCUCCUAAUAAGUUGGGAGAGAUAUGGGUUAGGGGGCCUAAUAUGAUGAGUGGGUAUUUCAACAACCCACAGGCCACCAACGAGACAAUAGAUAAAAAUGGUUGGGUACAUACGGGAGAUCUUGGAUACUUUGAUGAAGAUGGACAACUUUAUGUAGUCGAUCGAAUCAAAGAGCUCAUUAAGUAUAAAGGUUUUCAGGUGGCACCAGCAGAACUUGAAGGGCUGCUAGUUUCUCACCCUGAAAUAUUAGAUGCUGUUGUCAUUCCGUUUCCUGAUGCCGAAGCUGGUGAGGUUCCAGUUGCAUAUUGUGUACGCACUCCAAACAGCUCACUGACUGAAGAAGAUGUCAAGACUUUUAUAGCUAAUCAAGUUGCACCUUUCAAAAGACUACGAAGAGUAACAUUCAUAAACAGUGUCCCCAAGUCAGCAUCUGGAAAAAUCCUAAGAAGAGAGCUCAUUGAUAAAGUACGGUCCAAGAUAUGA